CUGAUCACCUGCAGUCCGUACGCUUUGUGAUACCACUUCCAGCAGAGGGAACGUAGCAUGCUUAAGUUUGAAGCUACUAUUAUCGUUAAUAAACUGAAAUGAUUAAUUCUGACAGUGGCUUCGGCUAUCUCGACAUUUUGUAACGAAACGGCGAAAAGAAGAUCUGAAUUGAUAAUCACCGAUCCACCGGAGAACUAAAGAGCGGCUGUGAAACAGCUGAACCGUGAGCACAAAAACCUACAACAACGAGCUGCUCCACCCUGUGACUCUAUAGACCGCAGUCGUCCCCUACUGAUCUGUUUCUCCUCAGCUGCACUCUACAUUCCCCGGUAACUAUGGCAGUAAGGAUGAGGCACAGCAAAGUGCUCCUCACUCUAGCCCUUACUAGCAGCAUUGGCUUGUUCUUCCUUUACUCCCCCCCUAAAACAAAGGAAGGACAGGACCAGGAGUGGAUGUGGAGACCUGAGAGGAAUGUCAACAAUCCACCAAAGGUGGAGCUAGCAACUCCUCCUGAAAAGAAAAGCACCCCUCUGCCUGAACGCCAGAGUAAACCAAUACCCAUUGAAAUCUCAGAGAAAUUCAGGCAAGCAAUUCCACAGAGCAGUGCUUUCUGGAACAGGAAGCAGCACUUUCUCUUCAAGCAGAAUGACUUGGCAAGAAGUCUCAAAGGAAAUGUGUCAGAAUGGGAGAGACUGAACAAGUCCUCCUGCACUCCUGUGAGCAGGGAAAUGCUGCGCACCAACAUUCAGGAUUUUGACUCCUACCCAGCACUCUACAAGGACUUCUUGCAAGGCAUGGAUUGCCGGGACCCGCCCAUCCUGAUCGACCAGCCCAGUAAGUGCCGCGUGGUGGACAGGCAGGGGCAGAUUUUCCUACUCUUUGCCAUCAAGUCGGUGCCCAGAAACUUUGAGCGGCGACAGGCAAUUCGGGACACCUGGGGACAGGAGGGUGCGUACGAGGGAGGCUUGAAGGUGCGGAUGGUAUUCCUGCUGGGAAAAUCUCCACCGGACGAGCCCAACCUGGACCAGCUCCUCCACUAUGAGGCGCAGCAUUUCAAAGACCUGCUGCAGUGGGACUUCCGGGACUCCUUCUACAACCUGACCCUUAAGGAGAAUGCUUUUUACAGCUGGGCCCUGCAACGCUGCUCCCACGUGAAAUUCAUCUUCAAAGGGGAUGAUGACGUGUUCGUCAACCCGCAGGCUAUGAUCGACUACCUGCGCGCCUUGGAAACCCAGAAGGCCUCCAAGCUCUACGUAGGUCAAAUCGUCACCAAAGCCAGCCCUUUCCGCGACUCCAAAAGCAAAUACUACGUCCCCCACAGCUUUUACGAGGGCCCCUAUCCUCCUUACGCUGGGGGUGGGGGGUUCCUGUUUGCUGGGGCACUGCUAAAGCCCCUCUACCAGCUGGCAGAGUACAUUGCCUUCUUCCCUAUUGAUGAUGUGUACACCGGAAUGUGCUUCCAAGCGCUGGGCAUCAACCCCGUGGUGCACAGCAGCUUCCACACCUUUGACAUCCGGGAGCAGGACCGCGAGAACGCCUGCGUGCACAGGAACCUGCUCCUGGUGCACCAGCGCAGCCCUCAGCAGACCAUGCGGCUGUGGAAGAACAUGCUCAGCCCCCUGCUCACCUGCUGAUGUCACUUCCUCCACCACCCUCAGAGGGAGCCACACCCUCAGCAUCCCCACCUGGUGGCCACAGGAAGUGUAUAUUAGCAUGGAACAGAGUUUUUACACCUCUGACAACAGGAUGGGAGCUGUAUGAUGGCUGCAAAGCAUUCCUGCAUGUUGUUUUUAAGACCAAACUGUGUUCACAUGAGUUGAAAGUGUGAUUACAUAUGUGAACCUAGAAUUUGAAGGGUGCUGCAGGUCUGUAGAUUACGUGAACAUCUCACUGUGGCUCAUGGCAGAGGGAAAGGAAGAAAGCCACUUCAAAAAAAAUUUGCUAGUCAAUUUCUGGACCCAGCAUCCUGAAACGGAGUUGCCUCUCCUGCUCCUCACCUCUGUAGAAGCAGUACUGAUGAUGUAAAACUGAUGUGUACGGGAACACACAGAGGAAUAUGGGGUAAAGCCUCACGCCUCACUUUUACCAUCAGAACCCAGUCACAGAGCCAGAUUUUAUAUAUCAACACAGCCCAGAACUGUAUUUGCUUUUGAAAAUCAAAGUAGGCCUAUUAUACACAAUGUUUGGAACUGCAUUGCAGAUUAUUCAGUAUUUUCAUUUUCCUUGUUACAAAUACUAGCAGGACAAAUAGAUAUAACAGUGCUUCACAAGACAUACAGUACAUGUCACAGGUGGUGUAAAAAGUCAUUACAGCCAGAGCUGUGUGAUAUAGCCAUCACGAUAUAUCGCAUAGCUAUUUUUAGCUCAAUAACCGCUAUCCCCGGCAUGUGGCGUUAGGCUUCUUCCCGUAUGUUUUUUUCCCUUUAGUCAUACCUGAUGCGGGAGC